AGAACGAUGCCUUAUCGAACACUAUUUUUAUUCAGGCAUGCGCAGUAGGACUGUGACGUAAAAUAUAAAAAUCACGUGGCGUUCACCAAGUUAUCUACAUAAAACUCAGCCUUCUUCAAGGUCUGUAUUUAGGGAUUUUUUCCCCUUCUCGGCUUAGUCCAAGUUCUUCGAUUACAACCCCGAUUUCGUCAUUGCAGGACGAUUUUAUGAAGUUGUCGAAUCAUACAGGUUGGAAUCAACUAAGUAGGAUCAAGAUUCCGCUAUCAAUACAACCUCAUAGCAGGCGCGAAGGCCUAAGAGACGUGAGGAGUACUAACUCAAAAAGGUUUAUGACGAAUACAAAGGUUCGGUUUGCUAGUCCAACAAGCAAUUACUUCAGGCGAUUAAAAAACAGUAGACUUCACAGAAAGCACAUAUCAACAUGGCUCUGGUCAACGUCAACCGCAAGAACAUGGACCAGUUCUACCGCUACAAAAUGCCUAAACUCAUAGCUAAGGUGGAAGGCAAAGGGAAUGGCAUCAAGACAGUUAUUGUGAACAUGCCAGACAUUGCCAAGGCUCUGUCCAGACCACCCUCAUACCCCACCAAGUAUUUUGGCUGUGAGCUUGGAGCACAAACCCAGAUAGAUCUGAAGAAUGAGCGUUACAUUGUCAAUGGAGCUCACCAGGCAGACAAGCUACAGGAAAUCCUGGAUGGGUUUAUUGAGAGAUUUGUGCUAUGUUCUAGCUGUGAAAACCCUGAAACUGUACUGGUUGUUGAUACUCGCAAGGAAAGAAUUGGCCAAAACUGCAAGGCAUGUGGUCAUCAAGGAUUCAUCAAUCUUCAACACAGAUUGAUAACAUACAUCUGUAGAAACCCCCCUACUGGUGAAACUGGUACUCCGUCCAAGAAGGACAAAAAGGAACGUCGGAAGAAGAACCAGAAUGGUGAAUCAAGCCCCACUCAUACCGAAAAUCAGACCAAUGGUGUGGACAAGUUUGACAUCCCUGAAAUCAACAACCAUAUACAUGCAUCUGCUGAGGACGACUGGUGUGUGGAUACUAGUGAGGCUGCUGUCCAGCGUAGAAUGGAAGACCUGACAUCUGGUGUCAAGGGUCUCACCUUCACUGAUGAUCUUGAGAGGCCCGAGGAACAGAGAUUCAACAUGUUAUAUGAGUUUGUCAAGAGUAAGAAAGAGUUGGGUAAAGUAGACAUGACUGGUAAGGAGAUAGUGGCAGAAGCAGAACGCCUAGAUGUGCGUGACAAAGCAGUACUGGCCAUCUCAGAGAUCAUGUUUGAUGCACACAUGCUGAAGCAAAUCCCUAAAUACAGGAUGAUCUUUCUCAGGUUUGUGAAUGAGAAUCAUAAGGCACAGAAGUACCUGCUUGGUGCAUUUGAGAUGCUGGUCGGCAAGUCUUACCCGAAGGAGCUCAUGCCCAAAGCAGCACACAUUCUCAAGGCUCUCUAUGACAAUGAUCUCAUUGAGGAGGAGAUUGUGCUUCAGUGGGCUGAAAAGGUACACAUCUUUAAGGUUUCCAAAAAGUAUGUGAGCAAGGAGAUCUCCACUCAGAUCCACGAGAAGGUGAAGCCUUUUGUCCAUUGGCUGAAGGAAGCUGAGGAAGAGGAGUCAAGCGAAGAGGAAGACGAAGAGGAGGAUGACGACCUGGUGUACGACAACAAGGCAGAGCAACUCAAAGUGGUGGUGGAAAAGCAACCUCAGCAAGCCAUUGAAGAAGACGAGGACUUUGACAUUGAUGCGAUCUAACUCUACUGUUCACAUAGCAAUUUUAGCGCUGCAUUCACUGUUAGCAUUAUGCUGUGUCCUUACCUGAUUUAGCUAUUCUCUAAGCAGGCUUUGCCUUCUCAUUUCCGAUGCCUCUCGUCUGUGUAAGUCUUUAUUUAUGACAAUUCACCUAUCAAACUAAGAGAUUUCGUAGUUUGUGUUAUACUGUAAGACUGAUGGGUUAAAUGAAACCUUGAUUUGUAGUGGUACCAUUAAAGUAACUACUGGAUAAAACUAUUGGUCCAGACUAAAUGUUUAUAGUUUCAAGAUAGUAAUAUCUGAUUUAUUAGUGCCGAAAGAAAAUUAUCUUUGAUCGUUCGUUUCAGACAGUAUUAAUGCAUGCAAUAUGCCCUAUUGGUUAUGUUCGUUAAAUAAAUUUUUUUGGAAUUAAA